AUGGGGUUGCUGGUGAACAGCGAGUGUGAUAACGACGAGGACUCCCAUCUCAUCUCUCCAAGUCCAGUGGUCCAUGUCCGCGGUCUGUGUGAGGCCGUGGUGGAGGCAGACCUCAUCGACGCCCUGAAGAAAUUUGGACCCAUAUGCUACGUCAUGAUGAUGCCCUUCAAGCGGCAGGCCCUGGUGGAGUUCUCCUCAGCAGAGGGUGCUGAUCGCUGCGUGUCCUGUGGAACCAAGGAGCCGGUGUACAUCGCAGGACAGCAGGCUUACUUCAAUUACUCCACGUCAAAGAGGAUCACCAGACCAACAAACGCUGACAACCCAAACAGCGGCAACAAGGUCCUCCUGCUCUCCAUCCAGAACCCGCUCUACCCUAUAACUACGGACGUCCUCUACACAGUCUGUAACCCCAUCGGCAGCGUGCUGAGGAUCGUCAUCUUCAAGAGGAAUGGGAUCCAGGCCAUGGUUGAGUUUGAGUCCAUUCAGUGCGCCCAGAAGGCCAAAGCAGCUCUAAAUGGAGCUGACAUUUAUGCCGGCUGCUGUACGCUCAAGAUCGAGUAUGCCAGGCCAACACGUCUCAACGUGAUCAAGAACGACAACGAGAGUUGGGACUACACCAAACCCUACCUGGUCAGACGAGAACGUGGGAAGGGAAGACAAAAGCAGGCCAUUUUAGGAGAACAUCCCUCCUCCUACGCUGACAACGGCUAUGGUCUAGCCUGCCCCCUACUGCCUCUCACCAGUAGCAGCAGGUACAAGCUGGCCUCAGUGGACGUCCCAGAAAUGGUGUCCUACCCUCUGCCCCAGUCCUCCCCCUCCUACUCCGGCCACACCCCCAGCUCUGUCGCCAUGGUGAGCGGCCUACAUCCAUCCAAGAUGAACUGCACCCGCAUCUUCAACCUCUUCUGUCUCUACGGUAACAUAGAGAAGGUGAAGUUUAUGAAGAGCGUUCCUGGUACAGCGCUGGUGGAGAUGGGGGACGAGUACGCAGUGGACCGAGCGAUCACUCACCUUAACAGCAUCAAGUUGUUUGGAAAGAGGCUGAAUGUGUGCGUCUCUAAGCAGCAGGCGGUGAUUCCCAGUCAGGUCUUUGAGUUGGAGGAUGGCAGCAGCAGCUACAAAGACUUCGCAAUGACCAGGAAUAACCGCUUCAGCAGUGCCGGACAAGCCUCCAAGAACAUCAUCCAGCCUCCGUCUGCUGUGCUCCACUACUACAACGUUCCUCCGUGCAUCUCGCAGGAUCAGCUACUUAAGCUGUGCAAGGAGCAUGAUGUUCCCAGCUUCGUCAAGUUCAAGAUGUUUGACGCCAAACCCUCAUCUAAGACCAUGUCAGGGCUGUUGGAGUUUGACAGUAAGACGGAGGCUGUGGAGGCUCUAACUGUUCUCAAUCACUACCAGAUCAGGAUACCAAAUGGAUCCAACCCGUACACCCUGAAGCUCUGCUUCUCCACCUCAUCCCAUCUAUAGGAGCUGCUGAGAACUAAGGAAGGCCUGCUGGUGUGUGGCCCAGACGGCAGAGAACCGGGCAGAGCCACGCUGCAGAUCCUCGGGGGAGGAUGGAGAGGCUAAAGCAGCAGACGGAGCUGACAGCGCACACCCCCACCCUCUACCCACCCAGGCAGCAGUGGACCUGGUACCUGACUGCACAUCCUGGGGAGGUCUGUUAAAAGAAGGCAGAUAAAGACCUCCUGAUGGUCAUCCACCUUGGAGACCAGCUCUGAUGUCCCUCCUGGUUCUCCACGCACACGCUAAAGAAUAUUUACUGUUAGAUACGUUGUGCUUUUAAAUAUGACUGUAAAAAUGAAGAAUAUUUGGGUUCUCAUUCAGUAUUUGUCGGUGCAUGUUCUGUAAUCUUCUGUUGGUGGCAGCUACACCUGGGAGCUGAUGUUACUGAGCUGUUUAUUCAGAGGGGGCUUCACUGCCCAGCAGCUUUAGGGGUUUAAUGCUACUUGGUGGCAAAUAUUAAUCAACCAAUCUGAUAAAAUCAGUCGCCCUUUUCUCCAGAAUAUUGUUGAGACUUCUAGCCAUAACUUUCCUCAGUACGGUGUCCCCUUUAGGACAUCCUAGGUCUCAGAGAAAAAUUUCCCAGGUCUUAAAAAUAAACUAAUCAGGUGUUUUUAGAAACUUGAAUUCUGCUGUUUGUCAGGAUGCUGAUUGAUAAAAA